UUUUAUUUUUUAAAGGGAAUUAUCAUUGCGCAACAAAAUUUGGAUAUUCAAGGACCAUUCUGGAUUUGCGUUACGCUUGUGUUCUCUACUGCAAUCUGUGGAAAUCUUGCAAAGUAUAUAGAAGCGGUCGGUGAUACUAGAAAUUAUUAUGGUAGCGAUUUCAGAUUAGUGUCUGCUGCGUCAACGAUGAUUGCAUCUUAUGUUUUACUUGUUCCUUUUAUUCUCUACGCAUUUCUGUGGCAGCGAAAGGUAGAUAUUGGAUAUUCAUAUCUUGAGUUACUUUGCGCUUAUGGAUAUAGUCUUUCGAUUUUUGUGCCUGUUUCAAUUCUUUGGGUAAUAAAUUCUGAUUGGUUCCGAUGGUUGUUAAUAAUAAUUUCAGUCGCACUUAGUGGAACUGUACUUGUUAAUAGCAUUUGGCAAGUGGUGAAGACUGAUCGAAAUAGAAUGGUUAAUAAUUUUGCAUAUUUUUUUGAAUAA